AAUUGUAAUAUUAUUGGCAGAAGAUCUCAGUAUCUUGCUUAGGUCACCUUCAAAGGGCUGUUGCUGUUGCUAGGUGUGCUACUAGAAUGGAUAUGCACGCAGGGCACCAUCCCAUGUCCUCGGGCAUGGAUGUGAAUAUCACGGCAGGCGCUCCAUCUCCAUCGGCAGCGAUGGCACCAAUGACAAUUUCAGCUGCUGCAGCUGCUCAAGAUCACAGCGGGCACGAAGGGUCUGGAGGGAUGAUGAUGAUGAUGCAGAUGUACUUCACUGCAAGCACCCAUGUCACGCUCUGGCUAAAGCAGUGGCACACGCAUACAUCCGUCUGGUACAUUGUGUCCUUGCUAGGGCUCCUAGGACUGGCACUGAUCCAGGAAGCCAUCACGAGCUAUCGAGCAACCUAUGCCAAAAGGCUGGCCAAGGCAAGCGCUCUGGAAAGGCCUGCUGAGGCAGAGGUGCCUCUCACAACAGCGAGCAUGAGGGUGGGCUCGGGGUCGCGAGUGGUGCUGACAGUGCUCUACGGCGUCAACGUGGCCAUCUCAUAUCUGCUCAUGCUGGCGGUGAUGACCUACAACGUGGGCUACUUUGUGGUCAUUGUGCUGGGCCUCGCGAUUGGCCACUUUAUUUUCUUUGGCGUCGCGUCUCCGAUGGCGUCCCCGGAUAUUUGCUGCGCGGCGCAGCUCCCCUGACGGCCGGGCCCGGGCAUGUGCGGGCAGGUGCGCACGGCUGCGGGC